AUGGAAAUGGAUGUCACAAAAGAGGACCAAAUUGACAGAUGCUAUGAUUUGGUUGAGUCAGACCUACAGACCAGUGGUUGUGUGUUGUGGGCAGUGGUCAACAACGCGGGUAUUCUGACAUACGGUCACAUAGAAUGGGGUCCUUUCGAUGAGUUCACCAAAACAUUUGAUGUCAAUGUGUUUGGUCGUAUAGUAAUCACCGCUAGUAUGGGUGGGCGUCUGACCGCCGAUAAUCUGAGCGCUUAUUGCAGUUCAAAGGCGGCUAUCAUUUCAUUUUCAAUAGCAUUGCGACGGGAGAUGAGAAAAUUCAGGGUAAAGGUGUCGACUAUAGAGCCGGCCUUUUUCAAGACCGGUGUCUACUAUUCAGUGAUCCCGUCAUUCGAGAGGAAUUGGAUACAAACCCCGGAUAGUGUGCGUCAGAUAUACGGCGACCUAUACUUUGCCGACCAAAUGAAAUCAGUGAAACGGCGCCGAAAGCUAUCCAUGAGCUCCAGGAAUAUGGAUAUUGUGGUCAAUGAUAUGAUCGAUGCGGUCGUCAGCCGGAGUCCCAAUCGGGUCUACAGUCCCGUCAAUCUGUUUGUGUUUAAAGUGGUUCCGCCACUCAUUCCCCUAAUCCCUCAAUGGAUUAUUGACAGAAUAUUCUAUGAAAUGGAUUCUACGAAACCCGAAGUCUAUGCGACCGUUUUGAGUGAACAAAGUGUCGGCGCUCAGGACUUGACCACAAAAUGCAAGUUUGCGGACAAUAUGUGUGUUUUGGAAAUGAAUGUCACGAAAGAGGACCAAAUCAACAGAUGCUAUGAUUUUGUUGAAUCAGACCUACAAAAAAAUGGAUGUGUAUUGUGGGCAGUGGUCAACAACGCCGGUGUUGUCACGUGUGGUCACACAGAAUGGGGUCCUUUCGAUGAGAUCACCAAAACAUUUGACGUCAAUGUGUUUGGUGUGAUUCGGGUGACUAGAAAAUUUACCCCUCUUAUCAGGCUAUCACAAGGUCGUAUCGUAAUCGUGGCCAGUCUUGGUGGGCGUAUAGUAGCCGACAAUCUCGGGGUGUACUGUAUGUCCAAAUUCUCCAUCAUUUCCUAUUCGGAUGCCUUGCGCCGGGAGAUGAGAAAAUUCAAAGUGAAAGUGUCGACUAUAGAGCCCCUACUGUUCAAGACAGCGAUGUAUGAAAUGGCAAAACCAUCGCUCGAUAAGAAUUGGAUGACAACCGAUGACACUAUUCGCGAGGCUUAUGGUGAGCACUAUUUUGCACACCAAUUGAAAGUACUGGACUGGGAGUUCAAAAUAGGAAUGGGCACCAAGAACCUGGAUAUUGUGGUUAAUGAUAUGAUCGCUGCCGUGGUUAGUGUGAGUCCAAACAGACGGUAUACACCGGUCAAUAGGUUUACGUUUAAAAUAAUUCCUCCAUUCAUACCAUUGUUGCCGCAAUGGAUAGUCGACCGAGUAUUUUAUGCCAUGAAUACUAAACCGGCGUUUGUCAAGAAAAGUAACCAAAAUAAAGUAUGAUUUUUGUACCAUGAAUAUAAAUUACCGUAGAGC